AUGUCCUUGCCUUUGUCUGGAAAAUUUGCCAUUGUUACUGGCGCAUCACGAGGAAUUGGAAAAGGUAAUUUAUCUCUGAAUUUUUCAAUACUAACAAUAAAAUGAGAUAUUUUAGGAAUUGCUUUGCAACUUUGUCAAGCUGGAUGCACAGUAUUCAUCACUGGAAGAAAGCCUGAAAAUUCACUAUCUUCCAAGUUGACAUAUCUUUCAACACUUCAAGAAACUGCGCAAGAUUGUCGAGAUCGCGGUGGUAAAUGUUUGCCAUUUUAUGUGGAUCAUUCAGAUAUUAAAGAAGUUGAAAAGUUUUUUCAAAAAGUCGCCGAGAUCACUGGGAAUAAGUUGGAUAUUUUGGUGAAUAACGUUUUUUCCGCAGUUACGGUGAGUUUUCAUUUCUUUGUUAUCCUAUCAAACUCAGUUUAUUGUGAAACUAUAGCGAAACUGUUCUACAAAUUAAAAUAAAAUUUUUGCUUAUCUAAACAAAAAAUUAAUUUAUUUUCAGAACUGUGGUUCUGGAGAUACUCGAAAAUUUUUCGAAAAAGAUCCUGAGCUAUGGAAUGAUAUUAACAAUGUUGGUUUGCAAAAUCAUUAUUAUUGUAAUGUCUACGCUUCUCGAAUAAUGAUUCAAAAUCCAAAUGAUCAAUGUUUAUUGGUUAAUGUCUCAUCAAUCGGUGGUAUUCUAUAUCUCUUCAAUACCGCCUACGGUGUUGGAAAAAUAGCAAAAGAUCGAAUGGCUGCAGAUAUGGGAGUUGAGCUAAAAGAUACAAAUAUAUCAGCAAUUUCACUUUGGCCAGGAGCAGUUCGAACAGAAUUAAUUAUGCAUAUGUUGGAAACUAGCGAUGGAAAUUGGGGAAGUGAACAGAAUAAAAUGUUUUGGGAGGGUGAAUCAACAGAAUUUCCUGGCAAAUGUAUUGUGGCGAUUUUCAAUGAUCGAAAUAUGAAAGGUUGGAAUUCAUCGACUGUGAUAACCGCUGACAUUGGAAAUUAUUACAAGUUCAGAGAUAUUGAUGGUCUGUUAAAUUUAAAAAAAACAUUUAAAAAUAUAUCUGUUUCAACUAAAAAAAAGUCAAUUGAAAACUUUCAGGAAGAAAGCCAGCGAAUUUGCGUGAAUUCAAAAGUUUACUCAACCUAACUGGCCACACUACUUUGGCUUCUUGGAUACCAUCUUGGGUUAUGCUUCCUGGAUGGAUGAUUGCUGUUUGGCAGAAUAAAAUCAAUUAUUAA